AAACGCUGCACAGAAGGCCAAUCGGAACGAAAUCGAGAUGAUUUUGCCCGCGUAAAGUGCCAGUGCCUCCUGCUCCGUUCAUCAAAGCGGUUCUUGGUAUAAUUUAUUGUUAUCCUUUUUUUUUCAUUAUCAUCGUUGUAGUUCCGAAUUUCGAAUUCAGUUGAAAUCGCAAGGCUUCGCCAGAAACAUUUUGAUAAUAAUGGCAUUGCACGAAUCCACCAAGGAGAAUGUUCGCAAGCAUUUUGAAGAUGUGUCAUUGCACACAUCACCAAAAAAAUCAUGUAUUUCUCCAAUAAUAUCUCAGGAUCAUGGCUUGAAAACUGGACUUAUCAAUACAAAGGCUGUACGAAAAAUACAAUUAAAAGAGGACUUCAAUCCGGAAUUGGAACCACUACUCCAAGAAAGUCCAAAUCGCUUUGUAAUCUUUCCUAUACAAUAUCCUGAUAUUUGGGAAAUGUAUAAAAAGGCUGUAGCUUCCUUUUGGACCAUAGAAGAAGUACCUCUUCAUAAAUUAGACAAGAAAGAUUGGGAUGAAAAGCUAAAUUCCGACGAGAGAUACUUUAUUUCUCAUGUCUUGGCAUUUUUCGCUGCUUCCGAUGGUAUUGUUAAUGAAAAUUUAAUUGAGAGAUUUAGUCAGGAGGUAAAAAUUGCCGAAGCACGCUGUUUUUAUGGUUUCCAAAUCGCCAUAGAGAAUAUUCAUUCGGAGAUGUAUUCUUUACUAAUCGAAACUUAUAUUUCUGAUCUCAAAGAAAAAGAUUUCUUAUUUAAUGCGAUCGAGACACUUCCUUGUGUUGGAAAAAAGGCUAAUUGGGCCUUAAACUGGAUCAAUCACGAGAGUGCCACAUUUCCUGAACGUAUAGUUGCUUUUGCAGCGGUUGAAGGUAUUUUUUUUAGCGGUAGUUUCGCUGCGAUAUUUUGGUUGAAGAAACGAGGAAUCAUGCCUGGCCUUACUUUCAGCAAUGAACUCAUCUCACGAGAUGAAGGACUACAUUGUGAUUUUGCGUGUUUAAUGUUUAAACACAUUGUACAAAAGCCAUCAUUCGAGCGCGUGAAAUCAAUCAUAAUGAAUGCCGUGGAAAUUGAAAAAGAAUUCUUGACAGAGGCAUUGCCAGUUGAAUUGAUAGGAAUGAAUUGCACGCUAAUGUGUAAUUACAUCGAAUUCGUUGCAGACAGACUAUUUGUUGCGUUAGGAUUUGAAAAGGUUUACAAUUCAGAGAAUCCGUUCUCAUUUAUGAAUUUUAUCUCCUUGGAGGGCAAGACAAAUUUCUUUGAGAAAAAAGUGGGCGAGUAUAAGAAAUUUGGAAUGGACGAAGGUUCUCAGAAAAGUAACAUGUCAAGUGUGGUAUUUGGUGCAAGUUUUUAAUAUAAGUAUAUAAAUAUAAAAUUAAGCACAGAAACAAAAAAUGCUUGCAUAUGAACUUCGAAGAAGACGAUCCUUUCGAAGGAAAAAAGAAAACAUUAAUUCCUUGUGACUAAAACUAUUUUAUAUUAAUGAUAAACUGAAAUGAAGAAUGUUUGACAAAUUCGCGAGUCGAAAAAUGUUUGUAUAGUGUUUAUAGAAUAUAUAUUAAUUAACAGCAUUAAUAAGAAAAGUAUUGUAAACGCAUUUUUUAAUAUUUUUAUUACAAUCGUAAUUAUGAAAAUAUUAUUUUAUCAUGUAUGUAUGCUCUAAAAGAUAUACCUUCAAUUUAUGAAUUUUUUAACAGCAGUUUGUAUAUUUAACCUUAUUCCUAGUGUAAAUGAUAAAUGAUAAAACUUUCAAGAAAGAAAAUAUUAUAUAAAUAGAUCUGUAUAGAUAUUUUAAAAAGUUGCAAUUUUGUGAUUAGAAUACUUUUCAUUUGAUGCUGCCGAAUUGUUCAACAAGCAUUGAACAAGAUCAUUAAUGUAUAGAUUUAUCAUGAGUUAGAACGAAUUGUAAUUAUAUAAGAGAUUAAUCGCAAUAUUCGUGACUUUCAAAAAAAAUGUCUUUACAAUUUGAUUGCAAAUUAUUUUAUAAUCAGUUAAAAAAUUAAACAUAUUUAUUUCUUAUCGAAGAACUAAAUUUUAUGAUAAAAAUUAUUAACAUGUUGAUUGUUCUUAUAAAAUCUUAUCAAUGAUUAGAUAUGUCAAAAAAGUAUCAUAAAUUUGAAUAAUUAUAUGGAUAUAAAUUUGGAUAAAUGUAUCUCUUAUUUUAAAAUCUAGUACUUAAAACAGUAUUCGUAGAUAAGUCUUCGUCUGUAAACAAUAAAUAUGUAAUGAUAAAAC